CCUGCGUAAUGCAGCAACUUCAGAAAACCGAAGGGUCCGAUGAACAAGUGCCAACUGGAUUAAAUAAGACAUCAAAGCCAAGCCAACAUGCUUUCCUUUCACUGAAGGAGUAUUUUUGCAUUAAGGAAAAAAGCCAGACUAACUUUGUUUUUUCCUCCCGGGACAUUUUUAUGACAAAUAGGUUUUCUGUAAUACGAAAGUAAUGAGGGAGUGUCAUUGUUUUUGUCUCCAACGUAGAGUUUGCACUCUCGUGGUGGCUCUGUGCGCGCUCCAUAUCUCCGUAAUGGUUUUCUAUUACUUGAGAAACUCCGGAGCCGACGGUCAUAUGCAAGUACAAGCGUAUUCGACGUCGUCGCCGAACACGACGAAUAUCGAGCUCGUGUCGCCCGCGGCGACUACGGCAGCGCUCAUCGCGGAGCCGAGAGCAGAGGAUGUCGCCGAGGUGACGGAAGAAGCGAACGGUGUUGAAGCAUUUAAAACGCCGCUGGAGAAAUGUCCCGAGACGUGCCCGCUCUUAGUGGGUCCAUUGUGUGUGGAGUUCUCUGAUCCGGUGGAUCUGGAGCAGAUCAGACAGGAGCCCCUGCUGGUGGAGGGGGGACACUACAAACCGCCCCAGUGUAGUCUGUCCAGAAAGUGGCCGUCAUUAUCCCUUACAGACACAGAGAGCAGCACCUCAAAUACUGGCUGUACUACCUUCAUCCCAUUCUGCAGAGACAACAGUUGGACUAUGGAGUCUACAUCAUUGAGCAGGGGAGCCUGUUGGUCAGCUGAUCUGUUGAUCCGGAUGAGUGCAUAUGAAAGCGGACUCAGGUGGAGUCUCUGAAGAACAUAAAGGGAAAAUUCAGCAUACAUCUGGGAAGAAUACAGUAACAGCAACAUAAACCACAUAUAUUUGGGAACAUAACACUAAUGCAUCGUGUCUCCUGGGUGUUGCAGUUCUCUAUUUGUUUUGUGCAGAUCACCUUAUAUGUGAUACAGGCACACAUAAGCCUGCAUGCACACACACACACACACACACACAUACACAAUGUUCCACACUUCUCCACCUUGUCUAAACCCCUUUACCCCACACUGCUUCACCUGGCCUACCCCAGAUUACCCCACACUGCAUAUUCUGUCUCCAACUACCUCCACCAACUACUAUACUAACCCAUUAUAUGACAUCAGCAGACCAUCCAUUUGUGUCAUUCUUUUGUUGACGAUGUCAUCAUCAGCCAUUACGUCCACCAUCUUUCCAGACUUGAGCUGCAUCAUUAGCAUACUGGCCACACCCCUCUUCAGGUUCUUGAUGGUCACAGACACUGCCUUGUAUGUGUAGAGGUUUUGUACUUGGGACAUCAUGCACAGUAACCAUUUACAUAGUCUGUCUCCAGGAGAACCUCACUGUUUUCAGCACUGAUCAGUCAAUCAAUCAAUCAAUCAAUCAAACUUGUGCCAGAAAACUUCACUGUUUUGGAGGCCUAUAUAUGAGCAAGAUGCAGGUGUGAUAUCUGGUUUUUGUUGUAAGUGUUUGUGCUGUAAAUGAGAGACUACAGGUAGGGACAGCGGGUGUGGGAAUAUACCAGCAGUAGGUGGAAGCUAGAGAACACAGCAACACACAACAGAUAGACAUCAAGGGAGAACAUGAUCUGCUUACACAUAUCUGUCAUGGAACGAUCGCCUCCCGCAAGGCACGUGGUUUGGCCAGCCACGUGCAGUGAGAGGGCCUUCGUUAGUGGCCACACCU